AUGGCACAACCAGUCCAAUUGACUGCUCCUAACGGAGUCAGUUACAGCCAGCCAACAGGCCUCUUCAUCAACAACGAAUUCGUCCCCGCCGCGUCCGGCAAGACCCUGACCACCGUGAAUCCCUAUGACGAGUCUAUAAUCGCAACAGUUUCCUCUGCCGGCCCGAAAGACGUUGACCGUGCCGUCGCGGCCGCUCGCCAGGCGUUUGCCUCAGAAUGGCGCGGCCUCACCCCCUCUGAACGCGGGCUCCUGCUCCUCCGCCUUGCGGACCUGUGUGACCGCGACAAGGAGAUCCUCGCCACUAUCGACGCAUGGGAUAACGGGAAGCCGUACGAGCAGGCACUGGGCGAGGACAUAGCCGAGGUCAUUGCCGUCUUCCGGUACUAUGGCGGGUGGGCCGACAAGAUCCACGGUUCGACGAUCGAUACGGGCGAUGCGAAGUUCGCGUAUACGCGACAUGAACCCCUCGGGGUGUGCGGGCAAAUCAUCCCGUGGAAUUAUCCUGUUAUGAUGGCCGCGUGGAAAUUAGGUCCUGCGCUCGCGUGCGGGAACACCGUUGUCCUCAAGGCCGCCGAGCAGACGCCUCUCUCGGUGCUGUACCUUGCGACUCUGAUAAAGGAAGCUGGCUUCCCGGCAGGCGUCGUUAAUCUGCUGAAUGGCGAAGGGGCCAGCGCCGGCGCCGCCAUCGCCGGCCAUCCUGGUGUCGACAAGAUCGCUUUCACUGGGAGCACAAACACCGGGCGCGUCAUUAUGAAGGCCGCUGCGGGCAAUUUGAAAGCGAUCACUCUAGAGACAGGCGGCAAGAGUCCGCUUCUCGUAUUUGAUGACGCAAAUAUAGACCAGGCUGUCAAAUGGUCCCAUGUUGGUAUCAUGAGCAACAUGGGCCAAAUCUGCACGGCCACUUCCAGGAUAUACGUCCAAGAGACGAUCUAUGAUACCUUUGUCGAGAAAUUCAAGCAGUACACGAUCGAGAACAGCAAGGUCGGGUCGCAAUUCGACCCCUCCGUUACUCACGGCCCUCAGAUCUCCAAGGCGCAGCGCGACCGCAUCCUGAGCUACGUGCAGUCGGCCAAAUCCGAAGGCGCUCAGCUGGUACUCGGUGACGAGCCUGUCUCUGAAAAGGGCUACUUUGUCCCACCCACGAUCUUCAAGAAUACUACGCGGGAGAUGAGUGCCGUCCGAGAGGAGAUAUUUGGUCCCUUUGUCGUCAUUCAGUCCUUCAGUACGCAGCAGGAUGCGAUUAACAAGGCGAAUGACACUGAGUAUGGGCUUGGGGCGGCGGUGUUCACGGAAAAUAUCACGCGGGCUCAUCGCGUUGCGGCCGCAAUCCAGGCAGGCAUGGUGUGGAUCAACAGUUCUCAAGACUCGCAUUUUGCUAUCCCCUUUGGCGGGUACAAGCAGAGUGGGAUUGGUCGGGAGUUGGGUGAAUACGCUCUGGCAGCGUAUACGCAAGUCAAGGCUGUUCAUGGCAAGUUCUCCCUUCCUCUAGAAUUCAACUUAGGAACCUGGCUAUAA